GGGAAAGUCAGGAAGUAAAAGGAGAAGCGGGAUUUUAGAAAGAAUUAGCGGCGACUACAGAUUAGAAAACAAGUUUGUGUUGUUAUGUCAUUUAAUCUCAUUACGUCCUCCUUUUAUUAGCUGAACAGACAAACUCGUUCCUCUUUUUGUCGCCACCUCAGUAAAGUAAAAAUAUAGCGAGGUAAUAAUACCUGUGUCCUCGGGUUCUAAGAUGCUGUCCACUGGAGACGUCCACGGUUGUCUCCGUAAACUGGAAAGUCUCUUGCGGACGAUUAAGUUUCCAGGACACGUCGACUACGACAGUCUUUCUAAGGGAGAUCCUUCGGCUUUUCUUCCCAUCGUGAGCUUCACCCUCACAUCGUUGUCUCCGCCUCUUACUGAGCAUCUAAUUGCGGCCGGAUUCGAGCUCACGGGCAAAACUGACCUCCGCUUCACAGACACACUUUAUAAGGUUCUGCGGGACAUCUUCCAGUAUAAGCCCAUAUUGACGAAACAGCAGUUCCUCCAGUUCGGUUUUUCUCAAAGGAAAAUCUCCGUCACCUGCGACGUCAUUAACUUGGUCAUGCAGAAACAUAACCGACUGAAGAAGGUGCCUGGAAAACCAUUUGUCGUGAAACACAAAGAAAGUUGUGCGACCUUUGCCACAGACUCUUGCCACACACUGACGUCUCCGUCUCUCAGUGACGACGUCCCCUCCCCGCCCUCUCCUGAAAAUGGGGCGUCAUCAAAGUCGUCAGAAUGGCGAGACGAGCAGUUGUCUGAGGUGAAGGAGAGACUCUCGGCAGUUGAAGCUCAGCUGGAGGAUCUUCAAUCCGGACCGGAUCGACUCCGGGUCCUGGAGAAACGCCUGCAGGACCUGGAAGAGCAGAGAUGGCGGAACACAGACGAGGUUGAUGACGAAGUUUUAUUUCACAGAGAACGGCGGCAAUUUAAUAAGUGCCAUCGCCAUGACGACCGUAUUCCGUUCCAGGACGAAGGAGGUGGCGACAUCGUCACCGUUUCCAGACAGAGCUGGGAAAAUCUGACGAGCAGAGUUCUCUUACUGGAGACUAAACUGGAAUUAAGCAGCACACGGGUAAACGCUGCACCGUCGUGUUCGUCGUGUUCGUUGUGCGGCUGUGGCGCCGUCAGCUCCUCGCCUCAGCCUUCAGCGGUGCCACAGAACCAAGAACCCGACUCUCCUCACUCGUCACCGUCGGACGACCUCAGGGAACGACUCGAGAGCAUCACCAACAUGCUGAAGAGCACUUCCAGUCUGUUGAAAAACACUGAAUCCUCCUCUUCCUCCUUCCUUCAAAUGAACGACGAAUGAUUUCCUGGAAGUGAGAAACUUAAUUUAAUUUAAUCCAAGAGAAACAAUCAACACAUUCUGCUUUUUUCUUCACAAUAAAAUGUUUUAUUCUCACAA